ACUGACUUAGGUACUUCAUUAAAGAGCUCAUGAGCCAUUUUCCAUUGAAAAUGAAUCAACAUUGAUAUUGUCUUCAUUCGAAGUCGCCAUGGGGAGAUACCUGCUGCGCAGCGCGACCUCGACGUCGAGCACCAGCCCGGCGCAAGACUCGGACGAUGAUACAACGUCUACUAUAACCUCCAAAAAAAUAAAUCCGUAUAGAUUUUACAUGGAAUGGCACGGCCACCCAAUAUCUAGCCUCCGCAAGUUCCACAACACAGUUCAAACCCUCCGUCCAACUCAACCCAUAAUAUGGCUCGCCGGCGACUCCUCCCUCGACAACAAAUACUGGGUUCCCUCAUCCGGACCAGGAGGCGAGCCUCUCACAGUCCCAGUCCCAGAAAUCUAUAACUCGGUCCUCGAGCACCCACGAAUAAAUCCCGACGUUGCCUUCUGGAUGAACCACCAUCUCUCUUCCCGAGCGACCUGCAUCAACACCUCCGUAGAAGCGACCAUGCUCCGCGAGCGCGAUGAUCAUCUCAACAAACACGACACCUUCAUCCAGAACAACAUAUCCUCAAACGAUGCCCUAGUCGUCAGUAUUGGAGCCAACGACAUCGCGCUCCGGCCAACCUUCUCUACCAUCAUCAACAUGCUCAAUCUAGCCUGGUUGACUCGCCGCACGGCCAUCGAGACCGGGAGUGCGUCACCGCUUGCGUAUUUCGCGGAGCUGUUCGGCGCUAGAAUUCAAGAGUACAUCUCGCGGAUUACGUCGAAGACGAAACCUCGGGUUGUCAUUGUGUGUAUGAUUUACUUCCCACUCGAAGCGGGUAAGGGGCAGCAGGGGUGGGCGGAUGUGAAUCUGAAGGCGCUGGGAUAUAAUAGGUAUCCCUCGCAGUUGCAGACGGCGAUUCAAAAGAUUUAUGAGAUUGGGACUCAGACGAUCCGCGUACCGGGCGUGAAGGUUGUGCCGUGUCCUUUGUACGAAGUCUUGGAUGGGCAGGAUCCGGCGGAUUAUACAGCGAGAGUUGAGCCGAGUUCAGAGGGUGGGAGAAAGAUGGCGGCGAAGUUUGUGGAGAUGUUGGAGAGGGAGGGAGUGGUUGAUUCUAGAGCGAAUUUUUUCUGACUAUUUAUGAUGCUCAUAAUUAUGACAGCGUGUUUUACAAGAUAUUUUUAUUUCAUAAGUAUUGAGUUACAAAUAAAAGAGGAAUGGUUGAG